AUUAUUUGAACUUUCGAAGCGCAAUGUAUAACAUGUGCGUUACUAUUGCAAGUAAGUGUCGCAUGUGAUAGAAGUUAUUCAUCAAGUAUUUGAGAGAUAUUGCGGAACAAGCGUUUUGUCAGAGUAAUACAGCUAACCAACAUAUUAGAACCAGAACACAUCUGAUGACAAGCUAUUUCUCAUUCUCGUUAAUAUGAUAUUAUCACAUACUGUCUCACUUCUGGAGUUAUGAGCGGAUGUAUUUUGAAUUAUUGUUUGGCAUUCAAAUUAAGUUGGAUACUAUUCUAUCAUGUAUAUGCUCUAAAAGAGGAAUCUAACAAUCUACUCAACGGUUCUUCAAUUGGUAUCUGGAAAACUACUAACAGCCAUGUUAAUUUGUCAAUCCUUAAACCUAAUUUUACUACAUUGGACUAUGUUUUCACAUCUGUUAAUGUUACACCGAAAUCAAAGCUUACAACAUCAAACGUCACCGUUAUUUUCGAAGAUAUGUCGACUACCAAACUUUCGAAUUCUACUAAGCAGUUGGGUAAAUUUUUAUCAGAGAAAACUGCAGAGGUUAGACGUAUAACAACUGGAACACAUACUAUCCAAGAGGAAGAAGUUGCUGAAAUCAACGAGUUUGAAAACAACAAAUUAGGCGAAAGUUCUAUCCAUUCAGGCGAUUCACAUGCUGAUCUAAUACAAGAGCCACGAAGAAAAGAUUUCGAGGAUAGUGGGCCACAGAUAGAUCCCGAACAGUCUAUAUCCGACAGAAAGCAUUCUGAGUCUAAAAAACCCAACGGGUUCAUAUAUCAAGGUGACUCUGGUACUGUAGUUCACAAUAAAUUAUAUACUCCCGAUAUAUCCGUGAGUUACGUCCUCGUACUAUGCUGCAUUCUAGUUAUGCUUAUUCUGUGCAUUUGGAAACCUCUUUGUCAUAUUUUGUACAAUAUAUACGGUGGGUGUUGUUCACGUUCUCGUGUUAGUAGAAUUGAUCUGAAUAGUAAAUUGGCAUAUCGUCAUUUAAAUACAGAGGAGUUUUAAAUCCGUUGAUACUAUCAUUGCACAUAUCAUAUUACUUGUUGCACUGGAUAUUUAUUUAUUCGUACAUACACGAACAUUUGUUUAUUUUCUUUUACAUGUAUGCAUCACACUUAUUCUUUUCCUCACUGUUCACAAACAUCUCUCACUUAUUUGUUGUUUAGAAUUCUUUUAUAUUCCUCUAAAUUAUUUUGUACAUGAGUAUGAUAAAUAUAUUCUAAGUCAAAUUCGAUAAUUUUAAUCUUUAAUUUUCUUUAUUAUCAAUGUGUUUUCGAUUGCAUGCUAUUUGAAGUGAAUAGCUCUUUUUUAUUGGGGAAUUUUCAUAUGACGGAUAAAUGAAGUUUUAUUAUAAAGAUACAGUUUGUAUGACGGUUACACGUUAAUCAUCUACUUAUCUGACUAUACAAGCCAGAAAAGAAUUGACCGACCGGAAAACCCUGUUAUUCUUAAUGAUAAUGUCUUCAACACAUAUUAGACAAAUUUCGAAUAAAUGUGACUGUCUGUUUGAGUUUUUCUGUGAACCAGAUCUAUUCAGUUCUACCCAUCAAAUUCUUGUUAAUCGUGUAGAUUUUCUAUUAAAACUAUUUCAGUGUUGUAUAUUUCACUGAAUAAAAAAUGAUAUAAUAUGGUUCUGGUGCUUUCAUAGUAACCUGUCCUCUAUCUGUCAGCAACCUUUCACAUAUUGAUGUAUAGAAUCUAUUCAUUAAAUAAAUUUCAUUCAUUAAACGUCACCAUUUUAGAACCAUCCUGAUUUAUACCAACUAAUCUAAGAACCGAAUCAUAUAAUUAUGAAAAUCCAAGUCCAUUGUAUGGUUUUAUUUAGUGUUCGUAAGUUGUCAAAUAACACUUGUUCUACUAAUGUGACUUUACUAAAAACAGAGAAAUUUAAUAUUGUAUUAAAUCCCUAUAUUAAUACUUGAGUGAUAAUUGUACGAACAAGUGUUAAUAAGUUUUUUUUUAUUUACCAAGCUGAUAAAAUGCUACUACAUCGUCAA